CAUGCGUGUGGGGUCGGAAUUUGUCCACUCUCUGGCCAGGUGAACGCGGAAGUGCGGGAUCUGAGGGUGUCCCGCUUCUCGGAUUGUGGCGCGGCGACUGGUGCGAGAUGGAGUUGGACGCGGUGGCCGAAGAUGGUCGGGACGGUCCCCGGGAGCGGCGAGGCUUGGGUGAAGCCGAGGGGCCGCAGCAGAACCACCACGUGCGGCUUCAGUCCGGGGCAGACCGGCUUACAAAACACUCCUACUGGCUGGAUCUCUGGCUCUUCGUCCUCUUCGACGUGGUGUUGUUUUUCUUCGUGUAUUUUUUGCCAUGAAUGGUUUGCCUGAUACCUAAAUUAAGAAUUCUGGCUCCUGGAUCCUGUAAAAGACUACAGACUUCUUGAACAAAGAAGAGGGGAUUGUGCACCAGAAGAAUUUCAAACUCUAAGGGACCUUCCUUUCAUUUUACAUAUUCUGUUAUGCUUUGUGGGGGACUAUAUUAAAUGGGUAAUGAUCUCACCCAUUCAUAGCUAAGUCCUUAAAAUUCAGCUCUGAUUCAUGUUUUAAAACUUUUUACAAAUUAUCUGAUGGCUUUACAGGGGCUAAAUAUAAUUAGUAUUUAUACAUGAAGGUUUAUUAUACUCAUGAAGAAAUAAAUGUUUUUCCUUUAACAUUUUAAGAGUUGGCCAGGGUUUAGUAUGAUACAGAUAAUAUGGUGAAUAUUUAAAAAUAAAUUAUUCAAAAGGAAAAAAGGAGCUAAAAGCUGUACAGAAAAUGCAGGCCCACAAUGUAUUUGCUGUAAGUGCCAGUUUAAUUUUUAGAUUAGGUGGACCUCUGUUAUGGUUGCUAGGUUGGUACAAUCUUAGAGAAAGCAUAGUCUCCAGUAAUCAAAGGCUGGAGUGCAUGUCCUCUUACCUGGAUGCUUCCCCUGACUUUCAAGCUCUUGAACUCUAAAAUAGGGUUGUGUGUUUCAAACCUAAUUUUUAUUGCAGUUGCAUUAAGAACACUUGUGGCCAAAACAUGUUUAUUAUAAUGUCUGUAACUACUUUAAUUCUUCAGCAAUCACCAUAUUUACUCACAAGCAAAUGUUUGAGUACUUACUGUGGGCCAGGUACAGCAAUGAAAAAAAGACACAAAUCUUUGCCUUUGUGGAGCUUACAUUCUUUUUUAUCUAAAUAUGUUAGCAAGAAUUUACUCUCUAGGAGUGAUCAGCUAGUAUUUAAUCAAAAAGGUCACAUUCCCCAAGCAGCUACUGUAAGUCCUUCAGAAGCUAUUAUUAUAACAGUUAUUAGAAAUGGGCUCUCGUCCUUGAAAUUGGUGACAUUUUAUAUACUGGAAUUGCCAAAAUAACUUUCCUGUCCCUUAGAAACAGGGGAUAGAUCUGGUAAACUCUACAUCCUCUAUUUUUUAGAAUGGCAUUUUGGGUUAGUGUGAAAUCUGGGAUUGAUUUUGGAGGCUUUUAGCCUAUUGCUGACUAUAAGGUUAACAAUUAUGCCUUCAGAGAACCUAACAAAUCUGAGAACUUCUUAGGCAAGUUUGAAGCAUCUAGAGAAACACAGAACUGGGAUUUCAUGGAAGGUACCAAUCAGAUUGUAUGAAUUUUUUGUGCUGCUUGCUAAUAAUUUUGUCCAAUAAAUGUUUAUUAUAC